AUCCGUGGCAUAUUCAUGAUGACACUAUCAAAGUAGGUCAUGAGACUUGACGGGCUCACUGCUGGCUAGUUCAUCAGCUCGGAUAAUGACGUCAUGGUGCUACGUGGAAAGGAAGUGCUAGGCUAGCUAGAUGGUAAGCUUACAGUAACCAAAACAUUGAAACUUGGCAAGCUUCAACACCAAGGAACAAAACAGUCAUGCCUCGACUAAGGCAGGGAAUUGAACCGCGAUGUAUGGAUUUUCUAUAUUUAUGUGGCACUGACGUGUGAAUUUAGCAAGCUAGCCAGCUAAGUUUUUAUCACGAUUGUUAUGGUGAUUGCUGCUUCGCAAUCCAAGCCAAGCAAGGACUGCGAAGAAGCUAGCGCGUUAGCUAGCUAUCUAGCUACCAAGCAAACCAGACUCGAUUUUAUAACCAGCUAGCUUUUUGACCUGCUUGGUGACUACAUUGGCUUUUCUGAAUGCAAUUUUGUGUAUCUCUUUACAUAGCCAGAUUUUCAUUAACAUGUAUCAUAUGUCUGGUCGAAAAGGUGGUCUGCUUUACUAGCUAGCUAGCUACAAGCCAGCAGCAUUAUUAGCAAAGUGUGCUAAGUUAGCUCGGACCAAAACAGAAGAACAGCAAGAAUGAGUUGGUUCAACGCUUCCCACCUAUCAAGUUUUGCCAAACAAGCAUUAACAACAGCUCAGAAGUCCAUUGACAGAGUCCUGGAUAUCAAAGAAGAGGAACAAUGGGCUGACACUGUAGUAAUGCCUUAUGACGAUUUACCUGUAAAGACUCCAUUAAGUGGAGGAUGGGGGAUGACUCAGUGGGACCCCCCUGCAGAGGAGAACACAACCACCCCUCCCUUGUCAUCUGAGGCCAUCACCACCCCUGUCACUCGUACAGUUGUGGAUGAGACUGAGAACUUCUUCAGUGCCUUUCUGCCCCCAGGGGAGCUACAGGGUGGCAAGAGCCCUCAUGUGGUGUCUGUGCCACCUGCCAAGUCCCACAGACGGCCACAGGAAGAUGAAGAGAAGGGCACAGAUGAAGGAGUCAAAGCUGAAGGGGACCCUCACCAGCCAGGGCUGACAGAGCCUGACAGUCAAGAGAACUACGAGCCUGCUGAGUGCAAGGAAGUCCAAUCUGAGCCUAUAAAGUCAGGGCCUGUUGCAGUUACUGCCCCUAUUCAUCCAGACCCUCCAAUGCCAGCUCAAGAAGAUUGUCCUGAUGACUCGGACGGUCAGACAGUCAUGGUAGAAGAGAGCUUGUUAGAUGCGGAUGUCACAGCUACCAUCUCUGAGGAUUCACAAGCAGAGCAGUCACUGAACCCUUCAGACCCUCCCCCUGCCGAUGAUGUCAUUGACUACCCUGAAUCGUCUGGUGUUUCUUCUGAACCCAAUAACCCCUCCCCAACCCCCUCUCCACUUACACCCCCUAAGGAGAUUCUUUUAAAUCCCAAAGAUCCCAAAGCAGAGGACAGGCAAAGUGACACCCCUUCCCCCCCAGUCAGUGCCUUUUCAUCUGGCACCUCCACCACCAGUGACAUUGAGGUUUUGGACCACGAGAGUGUGCUGAGUGAGAGCUCGGCCAGCUCUAGGCAGGAGACUGCAGAGGCCAAGGCAGGCCUCCACCUGAUGCAGGGCUCCUUCCAGCUGCUCUCGGCCUCUGCCUGUGGAGAGUUCCCUCGUCUGGAGGACUACACCAAGCUGACUGAGAGCUCUGGCUCAUCCUCUGACGCCUUUGAGCGCAUCGACUCGUUCAGCAUGCAGUCUCUUGACAGCCGGAGUGUCAGCGAGGUCAACUCCGAUGACGAGAUCCCUGGAAGCAGGACCCUGGCAUCUGUCACUUCUGGGUCCACUCCCACACCUGUUCUGCCAGCAGCAGCACUGCAAAACCAGGAAGACGAAGAGGAGAAGAAGGAAGAGGAGAAAGAAGAAGAAGAGGAGGAGAUAACAGAGAUGAUGAAGCAGCAGUCAGUGGAUGAGAUGGAGGAGAGCGGACGCAGUGCCACACCUGUGAACAGUGAGCAGCCCGAGGAACUAAAUGAACAGGAACAAGACUCAGAGGCGGAUGUCACUUUGUCUGCUCCCCCAGAGGAUUUUAUUCCACCAAUCACAGAGCAGAAGCGAAGUGUUUCAACCUGUCAGAUUCUGGAGCUUCAAAAGGUGAUUGAUGAGCUGUCAAGCCGUCUGGAAAAAAGAGAGUCUCAGCUCUUGGCAGCCAGUAAAGACAAAGCAAGACUGGAGGAGGAGUGUGACAACCUUAAAGAUGAGGUGGUCAGCUUGAAGGACGAGAGCUCCUCAGUCCAGUCUCUAAAGGAUGAGUUUACCCAGCGCAUUGCAGACGCAGAGAGGAAGGCCCAGCUAGCCUGCAAGGAGAGGGACAUUGCUAAGAAGGAGAUAAAGAGCAUGAGAGAGGAGCUGUCCACCAGACUGAACUCCAAUGAAACCAUGGAGAUCAUUCGGGAGAAGGAGGACCAGAUCAGAGGACUUCUCGAGGAGGGUGAGAAGCUGUCCAAGCAGCAGCUGCAGCACUCCAACAUCAUAAAGAAGCUGCGUGUGAAGGAGAAGGAGAUUGAAGCUAAAAUCACCAAUCAGAACAAGAAGCUCAAGGAGCAAGAGGAGGAACUGAAACACCUGCAGCAGGUUCUGGAUGGAAAGGAGGAGGUGGAGAAGCAGCACCGUGAGAGCAUCAAGAAGCUGAAUGCUGUUGUGGAGCGCCAGGAAAGGGAGAUGACGUCCCAGCGGACUGACUCUGAGGAACUGCAGGAGAAGAGCAGGAGCCUGCAGGCUGCCCUCGACAACUCCUACAAGGAGCUAGCUGAGCUGCACAAGGCCAAAGCCACCAAGGCCAGUGAGGUGCAGGAAGCGGCUUUGAGCAGGGAGACCCAAGCCAAAGAGGCGUUGAGUCUGGCCCUGGAGCAGGCCCAGGAAGAGGCACGCAUGCAGCAGGAGGCCCUCAUCAACCAGGUAGCUGACCUGAGGCUGGCUCUGCAGAGAGCAGAGCAACAGCAAGCUAGGAAGGAGGACUACCUGAGGGAGGAGAUCAGUGAGCUGCAGCAGAGACUACAAGAAGCUGAAACCAGGAACCAGGAGUUGAGCCAGAGUGUGACCUCAGCGACACGACCCUUGCUCCGGCAGAUUGAGAACCUGCAGGCUUCCCUGGGGGGCCAGACUGCAUCAUGGGAGAAACUGGAGAAGACCAUCUCAGAUCGCCUAGUGGAUGCCCAAGCCCAGUUGGCGGUUGCCGUGGAGAAGGAGCGCGCAGCCACGGAGGAGCUACAGACAAUCAAGGCCCAGCUGGUCUCAUUGGAAUCCCAGAAUUCCUUGCUCCGUCAAGAGAAGAGCCGUGUCCUCUGCCAGCUGGACGCAGAGAAGGGCAGAAGAGAGAAACUGGAGGAUGACAGCAGCAGAGAGCAUGUUGAGCUGGAGAACCUGAGGGGAGAGCACAAUAGAGCCCUGGAAGAGGCCAAGAAGGAGAAGCUGCUAAUGACCAAUCAGCUAGAGAUGGAGAAAAUGAAGGUGGAGCAAGAGAAGAAAAAAUGCUACCUAGCACAAGAGGCCCUCAAAGAAAAGGAGAGGAAGGUGAUGGUCCACUCUGCAGAGGAGGCCCCAGCCUCCUCCACACCCUCCCUGUCCCGCUCCAGCUCUGUCAGUGGGACGGAGCACGCUGGCCUUCACACCUCCUUCCUCUCCCUGGAUGACCCUCUGGAUCACUCGAUGGGGAGCAUGUCCAUGUCUAUAAGCGGGACCAACCUGUACGAGGCAGCUCGGCUAAGUGGAGGCUCGAGCGUCGUCGAGAACCUCCAGUCACAGCUCAAACUUCGAGAGGGAGAAAUCGCGCAUCUGCAGCUGGAGAUCUCCAGUCUGGAGAGGAGUCGUUCUGUCAUGGCGGAGGAGCUAGUGCGACUAACCAAUCAGAACGAUGAAUUAGAGGACUCUGUGAAGGAGAUCCCCAAGCUGAAAGUUCAACUAAAGGACCUGGAGCAGAGGCACAACACUAUCCUUCAAAUGUACGGGGAGAAAGCAGAGGAGGCUGACGAAUUGAAGCUAGACCUGGAAGACGUGAAGAACAUGUACAAAACCCAGAUCGACGAACUGCUGAAGAACCAGAAAUAGACUGACCGCUCCUCACUGCCAGGACAAAAACUCAAAGACAAAUACAAAAUGCAGAUACAUGACUGUAAAAUACGAAAUUACAUUUUCCUGAUAGUAUGAUUGUGAUUUCUCAAUAGUGUAGUUUUAAGAAACAUCAAAACAUAUACAGGUACAUUCAAUAAAAUGGAUAUGGAAAUACCAACUAAUUGCUUUUUAGGAUUGAAUGGCUGAAAGCAAAUUGGACUAUCAAGUUAUAUUGACAGUUUACCAGUUCUGAUGGCUCUAGAUCUUUCAUAAGGACAAUGACAUGACCAUGGAGAGUAUUUAUCGGUCUAGGAAACAACAAAAGUUUGUAUGGAUGAAAAGGAAGUAGAUAAUGCAUUUUACACUGUGGAGGAAAGUGGGAUCCCUGCUACUGGAUUUUUUUUUAUUAAGAGAAGCAUUUUCCUGUCAGUUACAUUUUCUGUUCCUCUGAAAUAUAAGAUAAUUUGGGGAAUAGGCGGAUGAUUGCAUUAAAGUGUAAUCUCUUAAUUUGUGGCUAGGCCUAAAUGUAACCGGAGACAGUUAAAUCCGUCAAAAACACUUGCACAAACGUAUGUAUGUUGAUCAGAAAUCCUCAGGUCGUGUAUCAUGUGGAGACAUGGUCUGAUGCUUCUGCUGAACGUUCUGAAGAUUUUGCUCUGUACAGAUAUGUAAAUAAACAUUUAUUGGGA